AUGAAAUUUCCGACGGAGAAUCCGAGAAAACCAGGGAACUACAACCCUCCACCAGUGCCGGUGCACACAAACCUGGUGCCGCCCAAGAAGGUGCAGCCGGGCAUGUUGCAGUCCAGCCUGGUGCAGGCCAGCGUGGCCACCAUGCAGAACCCCAUGGGCUGCUCGGUGCCGCGGCUCUCGGUGUCGCGGCCGUCCAGCAUGGUGGCCAGCAUGGAGGCGGUGGCCGACGGCGGCGGCACCAUCACCUUCACGGUGAUGAAGUGGAAGACGGCGCUGGCCGUGUUCGUGGUGGUGGUGCUGUACCUGGUGGUGGGCGGCUUGGUGUUCCAGGCGCUGGAGCAGCCCUUCGAGAGCGACCAGAAGGACACCAUCACCAUGGAGAAGGCGGCGUUCCUGCAGAGGCACCCCUGCGUCACGCCCGCCGAGCUGGAGGCGCUCAUCAAGCACUCCAUAGAUGCUGCUAACAGUGGUGUCAGCCCGAUCGGCGAGACCUCCUACAACUACAGCCACUGGGAUUUGGGCAGCGCCUUCUUCUUUGCCGGAACAGUAAUUACAACUAUAGGCUAUGGCAACAUCGCCCCCAGCACCGAGGGCGGCAAGAUCUUCUGUAUCCUCUAUGCAAUAUUCGGCAUCCCCCUCUUCGGAUUCCUGCUCGCCGGGGUCGGGGAUCAGCUCGGGACUAUUUUUGUGAAGAGCAUCGCCAAAGUGGAGAAAAAGUGGAGACGGAGGGACAACCAAAUAAGCCAGACUAAGAUCCGGGUGGCCUCCACCCUGCUCUUCAUCCUGGCGGGCUGCGUCCUCUUCGUCACCAUCCCGACCGUCAUCUUCAAGCACAUCGAGGGCUGGACCACGCUUGAGGCCAUCUACUUCGUCGUCAUCACCUUGACAACCGUCGGCAUUGGAGACUAUGUGGCAGGAGGUGACCGGAAGAUUGAGUAUCGUAAGUGGUACAAGCCCAUGGUGUGGUUUUGGAUCCUGGUGGGGCUGGCGUAUUUCGCUGCUGUUCUGAGCAUGAUAGGCGACUGGCUGAGAGUCCUGUCCAAGAAGACUAAGGAAGAGGUGGGUGAGAUCAAGGCGCACGCGGCGGAGUGGAAGGCCAACGUGCGCGCCGAGCUGCGGGAGACGCGACGCCGGAUGAGCGUGGAGGUGCACGACAAGCUGCAGCGCGCCGCCACCAUCCGCAGCAUGGAGCGUCGGCAACUGGGCCUGGACCAGCGGACCCAGUCGCUGGACGUGCUGCCGGCCGAGCGACGCGCCGUCUUCAACAGCCUGGACGCCAACAACUUCAAGACCUCGUCGCAGGAGAGCAUCGACAUCAAGCUCAACAACUUGCGGCUGCGCGCGGAGCUGGGAGACAACCGGCCCGACCAGGCCUGUUCCGAGGACAACAUCUUCAACCGCCUGAGCUCUGUGACCAGGUUAGGGAGGCGGAGCCGCAACCGGGAGCUGAAAAAGAACAUCCCUCCCGAGGUGCGGCACUCCUUGGAAACCUACAGCUGCAGCAGCCCUUCAGCCAGUGAGGGAAAGAAGGAGGAUGAGGAAGAGGAGGAAGGAGGAGGGGGAGGAGUAGGAGGAGGAGGCGGAGAGGCCGACAAGGAGUGCAACACAAGCCUGACCAACGUGGACGUCUUCGCCGAGAGCCCUAAACCCCAGAAUGGCUUCGUCAUGCUGCAGACCAAAGAGAAGGAGAGCGAGAAGGAGGCUGAGAAGGAGGUGCACUUGCAGAUGGACCCCUGA